AUGGGAGACGUUGCCGUGGAGAACCCGGCGAACAACGUCACGCCUCUCCCGAAGCCAGCUGCCCUGGAUGCCCUUGCCAGCCUGGACUCGCUGGAGGGCACGGGGGCCGAUGGAAACGACGAAUACGCCAAUCUGAAGCGGCUACAGCGACACCUAGAAUACAUUCAGCUGCAGGAGGAAUACAUCAAGGAUGAGCAAAGGAGCUUGAAGAGGGAGCUUGUUCGAGCACAAGAAGAGAUUAAACGUAUACAGAGUGUGCCACUGGUUAUUGGGCAGUUCAUGGAGGCUAUCGAUCAGAAUACUGGUAUCGUGCAGAGCUCGACCGGGUCGAAUUACGUCGUCCGCAUCUUGUCCACACUCGACCGCGAGAAGCUGAAGCCCUCAUCCUCGGUCGCCCUCCACCGCCACUCCAAUGCGCUCGUUGAUAUCCUUCCCCCGGAGGCCGACUCCUCGAUCGCGAUGCUGGGCGAGAGCGAGAAGCCAGAUGUGACCUAUGCCGACGUGGGUGGUCUGGAUAUGCAGAAGCAGGAGAUUCGGGAAGCCGUCGAGCUGCCGCUGACACACUUCGAUCUCUAUAGACAGAUUGGUAUCGACCCGCCACGUGGUGUCCUGCUGUACGGACCCCCCGGUACUGGCAAGACCAUGUUGGUCAAGGCCGUGGCCAACAGCACAACUGCCAGCUUCAUUCGCGUAAACGGCUCCGAGUUCGUACAAAAGUAUUUGGGUGAAGGUCCUCGUAUGGUUCGUGACGUUUUCCGGAUGGCGCGUGAGAACUCACCGGCGAUCAUCUUCAUCGACGAGAUCGACGCCAUCGCCACCAAGCGUUUCGAUGCCCAGACCGGUGCCGAUCGUGAGGUGCAGCGUAUCCUGCUGGAGCUGCUGAACCAGAUGGAUGGUUUCGAGCAAACCAGCAACGUCAAGGUCAUCAUGGCUACCAACCGUGCCGACACCCUCGACCCGGCUCUGCUGCGCCCAGGUCGUCUGGACCGUAAGAUUGAGUUCCCCUCGUUGCGCGACCGCCGCGAGCGCCGUCUGAUCUUCACCACCAUCGCCUCAAAGAUGUCUCUGUCGCCCGAGGUCGACUUGGAUUCCCCUGAUUGUUCGCAAUGA